AUGGAUGACGCGGACGAGUGGGAGACUCAGAUAUGGGAGUCUGUCAACCAGACGCAUAUGGGCAUACCAGGGCAGUAUCACCCUACACCGGUUGUACAUACUUCCGGUGAAUCCGAUGACUUGAACGGUCCGGCUAACCUCUUCGAACUUGGGGUCCAACCCGGCCUCCCAGCACCUAAUAUUGCUCUUGUGACGGACCUGCAUGAAAACAAUAUUCCGAACUUCCUGCGUGUCCAUGAAGCUACCGUGGUCCGUGACGGUGCACGACAUCAUGGUAACACGUCACGGUGGUUACCCUUGGCCAGGGAACAGGCCUGGCAGCUGCUCCAUAGGACCAUAACCCAUUCCAUUUCAACCGAGCAAUCCAUAUGCGCUGCAUUUUUCGUACGGCGGGUUCUGGUAGACUCCUCUGUAUCAUCCCGGGAGCAGGUCAAGUACAUUCUCCUGGAUGCAGAGUUAGGAACUGUGCAGCUGACAUCAUGUUUUGUGCCUGCAGUCUAUAUUUACUAUGAGCAACACCCACAUGGACCACCACAUUCAAGUUGA